ACCACUAUCCUCGUCAGUGCUGAGCCCCGCCCCCUCAUGUCACAUGACCAUGCUCACAGGUGCUUCAUGCGUCACUACUUCUCUACUGCUGAUCCCCGCCCCUUAUAUGACAUCACCACAGGUCCUUCUUCUGCCCCCAUCCUCUCCACCUCUGAGCCCCGCCCCCUCACGUGACAUCACCACAGGUCCUUCAUCCACCCCGUCCUCUCUCCCGCUGCCCCCAGGAUGUCCCCGGACAGGACUGAUGUGACUACAGGACUAUUACACAUCACCCUGGAGAUCAUCCGCCUGCUGACCGGAGAGGAUUAUACCAUAGUGAGGAAGACAUCGGGGGAGUCCGGAGGAUGGAGCAGGGGCCCGAACCCCAUCACAGACCCUCCACCUCACUCCAUGAUACAUGAGAGGAACAAGAAGAAGAUCCAGGAACUCACCAACAAGAUGAUGGAGCUGCUGACUGGAGAGGUUCCUAUAAGGUGUCAGGAUGUGGCGGUCUAUUUCUCCAUGGAGGAGUGGGAGUAUGUAGAAGGACACAAGGAUCUGUACCAGGACAUUAUGGAGGACCCCCGGCCCCUCACAUCACCAGAAAUCACCAGUAAGAAUUCUGAGGGAAACGUCGUAUUAUUGAGCUACAAAACAGAAGAUGAAGACACCGCACAGGACUCCACAGGAGGAAAUCUUAUUCACCAUUAUACAGAUCUAUCACAUGAUCCCAGUACAGAUCCAUCACAUGAUCCCAGGACAGAUCCAUCACAUGAUCCCAGUACAGAUCCAUCACAUGAUCCCAGUACAGAUCCAUCACAUGAUCCCAGGACAGAUCCAUCACAUGAUCCCAGUACAGAUCUAUCGCAUGAUCCCAGUACAGAUCCAUCAUCCAUCGCAUGA